CUGUGGUUUAGCUGUUGAGAUCGAGGCCGCCGCCUGUCACCAGUUUCCUGGUUCAUCUCAGCGGUGGAGUCGCCCUGAGUUGUUGUGUUGUGGAGAUCUGGCCCUGCAGACCCCGGCCUCUCCUGCACCCUGACCCUGACCCUGACUGCCCUACACCAGGAGUUUGCUGCUUCGCUCCGGCCAGGACUGGAGCUGAUCCCGCCCCGGAACCCCGGGGGUUCCCCAGCCGGCCAUGGAGCAUCAGCUGGAGCCCAGCGCUCCCUCCACCCAACUGGAACCUGACGCCACCUUUACCCAGGGCCCGGGCGUUAACCCUGUAAACCCUGCCGACCUCUCCCGACUGUACCCCCCUCUCCCGCGGGGUGAGUUCUCCCCCUCUGUCCUCCCCCCGCCCCCGGGCCAGAGCCACCGGGAUGAAUUCUUCGCUCUGCGGCCAGGGGCGUUGCAAGCAGCGAUCAGCGAGACUGAGAGAACACUGGAGGAGGAGGAUGGCAAAGUGCAGGGAACCUGGCUCCUCACAGAGGUGGACCACUGGAACCGGGAGAGCGAGAGACUGUUGCUGCUGACCCCACGAGUGCUGCUGGUGUCUCACUACGACUUUGUGGGCCUGUCCUGUCACCUGCUGGUGCGAAUCCCCCUGCAGUACAUCGACACCAUCACUGUUGGCCCCUUCCACUUCCCCACAACCUCCCUCAGCAGGCGUUGUGGGCUGGGGUUACGGCUGGGAUGGGACAAACUGCAUGAGUCAACGUUCCGUUCCCGCUGGAACCCCUGGGCUCGGGAUCUGCCGACCGUCAUCCUGACAGAACAUCCCGGCGUAGAGAGCGGGCACCUGGCACCCCUCGGCUCGUUGGAAUCUUUCCGCUGGGAGCUGACCCAGGGGGUGAGGACGGCCCACCAGGAGCAGCCCCUCGCCGGCCGAGCCAAUGGGCCGCUGAUCCUGGAGAAACCCAUCGAGAUGGAGACGGUGCUGGGUCUGGUGUCGGCCCUCAGUAACUGGGCGCAGCUGGGCUACGCUAAACCUCGCCGCAUGCUCGCCUUCUAGUGGAGCCCACACACACACAAACUGACCCAAGCCUCAACAUCCCAGUGGCCACAAUGGCAGAGGGGCAGCGGCAGAGGCACGGAGGGAUG